ACUUCCCCCUAUGGUGUCCGCCUUGGCCUUGGAUGGGAGUGUGGUAGUAGAGGUGUGCGAGGGAAUGGCGAAGCAAAUACGCGGCUUCAAAUCGUCUCAGGGGAAUGCAUAAACUUUUAUGUUUUGAUUGACAUCAAGGCGGCUGUCUAUCGCUAUCUUCGGGCCUCUGCGUGUAGUCUGGAUGCCGAUGGAAGUAGAGGGGUUCGUAAGGAAACGUCGGAUGACAGCGGAGACGUCAGGCAAUGAAUCUGGGGUAGCUGGUGCCUCAGCCGGGGCAGAAGUUCGAUGGCUUGGGGGUAGAUUCUGGGGACUUUCGGAAAGUAUCAUGGGCACUUUGACACCCCGGGUCGGGGGCGAACUAGACCUACAGACUGUCCAUUAUUGCUGUGGGCCGCCAGAUCUGACAGAGGACUCCGAUGCGGACUACGAGGGGUUGCCACAGGGAGCUUCCACCAGCACCCACAUGUUGGCCGGAGCCGUAGCCGGGAUCAUGGAACACUGCCUCAUGUUUCCCAUCGACUGUGUCAAGACUCGCAUGCAGAGCCUGCAGCCGGACCCCGCCGCCCACUACAGAAAUGUGAUGGAUGCCCUGCGGCGAAUCAUAACCACAGAGGGAGUUUGGCGACCAAUGAGAGGGCUGAACGCCACAGCAGUCGGGGCGGGACCGGCCCACGCUCUCUAUUUCGCCUGCUACGAGAAACUUAAAAAGACUCUAAGUGAUCGCAUUCAUCCAGGGGCUAACAGUCAUUUGGCUAAUGGGGCGGCGGGAUGUGUGGCUACACUGCUUCACGAUGCUGCCAUGAACCCAGCGGAAGUGGUGAAGCAGCGGAUGCAGAUGUACAACUCGCCGUACCGCGGCGUGCUGGACUGCGUGCGCGCCGUGUGGCGUACGGAGGGCGGCGGCGCCUUCUACCGCAGCUACACCACGCAGCUCACCAUGAACGUGCCCUUCCAGGCGCUGCACUUCAUGACCUACGAGUACCUGCAGGAGCAGCUCAACCCCCACAGACAGUACAACCCCUCGUCCCACGUGGUGUCGGGCGCGCUGGCCGGGGCCAUCGCCGCCGCCGCCACCACGCCGCUGGACGUGUGCAAGACGUUGCUCAACACCCAGGAGUCGCUGGCGCUGGGCUCGCUGGCGGCGGCGCCCGGCCCCGGCCAGAGCCCCGCCCCUCACAGACAGAUCACGGGGCUGGCCCACGCCUUCCGGACGGUGUACAGGCUGGGCGGCCUGCGGGGCUUCUUCAGGGGCUCGCAGGCCCGCGUCAUCUACCAGAUGCCCUCCACGGCCAUCAGCUGGUCGGUGUACGAGUUCUUCAAGUACGGCCUCACCAAGCGCCAGCACGGGCGCAGGCUGCAGCACCGUGAGGCCGAGAUGUAGAGCUCCUCGCCCUCCUUCUCCUCCCUCCUCCUCCCCCCUCCUCCCUCCUCCUCCUCCCGUCUCCCUCCUCCUCCUCCUCCCUCCUCUUCCCCCCCCCCCCUCCCUCCCCUCCCUCCCCCCCCUCCUCCGCUGUAUGGGGCCACUGAGAAGGUGUGCAGUCAUCACAAUCACAAAGAGAAUAGAAAUGACCCCCCCCCCCCCCCCCCACCUGGUCAGACAAAGCAGAUAUAUGAAAGACAGCUUGUGUACAUUUCCUUUGGCUCCUUCUGUUGCUGAGCCUCUGUUGGUAUGGACAGGCAGGACUGGGGGGGGCUUUGUUUCUGAGGAGAUGAUAUUUACAUGGUGUAGCACCACUCAGGUCUCUGACUGGCGCGGCGAGCUUCAUCGGUCUAUGAAUGUGAACCGUUGGGUUGGAGAGAUGGUCUACAGACGGUCUCUGACUGGCGCGGGGAGCUUCAUCGGUCUAUGAAUGUGAACCGUUGGGUUGGAGAGAUGGUCUACAGACGGUCUCUGACUGGCGCGGCGAGCUUCAUCGGUCUAUGAAUGUGAACCGUUGGGUUGGAGAGAUGGUCUACAGACGGUCUCUGACUGGCGCGGGGAGCUUCAUCGGUCUAUGAAUGUGAACCGUUGGGUUGGAGAGAUGGUCUACAGACGGUCUCUGACUGGCGCGGCGAGCUUCAUCGGUCUAUGAAUGUGAACCGUUGGGUUGGAGAGAUGGUCUACAGACGGUCUCUGACUGGCGCGGGGAGCUUCAUCGGUCUAUGAAUGUGAACCGUUGGGUUGGAGAGAUGGUCUACAGACGGUCUCUGACUGGCGCGGGGAGCUUCAUCGGUCUAUGAAUGUGAACCGUUGGGUUGGAGAGAUGGUCUACAGACGGUCUCUGACUGGCGCGGGGAGCUUCAUCGGUCUAUGAAUGUGAACCGUUGGGUUGGAGAGAUGGUCUACAGACGGCGGAGCAUUGUUAGGUUCGACUGAAGGUAUAACGCAAUUUUACACAAUAUUCACACUUUAAGUAUUACAUUAGAGACCAAAAAUCAAUGAAAUUAAAUGUGAUCUUUUUUGUAAGGAUCCCCAGGCCGCCAACGAUCCCACUGGACCUAAUGGGACACACUUGGGAUUUAAAUUAGCUUGUGUAGAACAGGUAUCUCUGAAGCUGUGAAUUUGGUGACCUCUGAAAUAAAAAAAUAAUCUGAAAUAUAUAAACUUGACCCAGUCCUGAUCCAAGACACCGAUGUGGUCCACCAGGCAGAAACCGACUCUUAAUGGGUUCCAUCAGUCAUUAUUAUCAUCGGUUUAUUUUUCAUGAAGUCUGGUUAACGUAUAAAGCAUUGCAUUGAUACAUACGAUCAUCCCUUAAAAUUGUACAACUUAAUAUUAAUGUUGCCAUCUCAAUUUGGCAGAAAAAAUUAUAGCAGAACAUGGGUUUGCAGUUUCAUCUCGAUAGCAAAAUGAGUGAAAUUGGGCAGAGCUGAGUUGAAGCUUUAUGGGCUGUAUGUCUGUAACCUGUAUGUUUUAGACCUCAAUUGUUUCAAUACCGUACCUACUCUUCAUGCUAACGUGGCCAUGUGUAGUGUGUCGACUGCCUGGAUUCUGUUUGAAUUGAAGCUCUCAUUCUUGAUGGUUGUCUGUUAGAGGCAACACUGGCACUGCACUCUCUCUGCUUAAUAAAGAGUUUAACGUUGGGCCUCA